GCGGAAGUCCCCGCUACGCGUCCAUUAAAAGCAAAAUUAAUGGCUUUUGUAUUAAAAGCUGUCAAAAAUUGAAGAAAAGCCUUAGAAAUAAAUGUUCUUCAAAAACAAAUGAUGACUGAAAUCGAAGAAAGAGGCGGCGGACAGCAUAUGUGAGCGGAUAUCGGCGUUUAUCUCCUGUGUGAAGGGGAAGACGCUCAACAUGGAAGACUGCUUGCACACUUCAUCUGAUAACCUGGCUAAAUUGGUAAAAUGGGCACACAGUCAUGGAACAAUCUGCACUCUCAUCCCCAACCUCAAACAUAUGCUGAACGAGGGCUCUCAUGGUACCCUCACUGCAAUGUGGGGCUGCAGCGCUGGCCACGCCUACCACUGGCCACUGAAUACCACCUGCAAAACAGGAAACAAGGACCGAAUGUGUUACCAAGACAGUCGAAGCAUCAGUACGGACAAUAUUAUGCAGACGGCCGCCGUCAUGCACAACACCCCUGCCGAGCGCUUCCUCGGCAAUACCAGAAAAAGCAAAUGCAAUUCCAGUCAAGGCGAUUCCAGUCAGAUCCACGACUCGUGUGACAUCUCCAACUGCAGUGAACCCUCCGAGUUGGACGACCAAGCUGAUGAGUACAGUAACAACUUGUACGACAUCGUCUGCGAGUCCUCGGCUACUGAUGAGGAUGGUGACUCCGAGCCCAACCACAUCACGAGCGUUACGCACAGGAAACGAGCCGGUAAAGGACCAGGACCUGAGGAUUGCACCGAUCCAGGGUCGAAGAAGAUUAAACAAGAAAGGGGUGAAGACUAUUACAGUGUGGCCAAUCCACAGAUGUCAACCAGCUCUGAGGUUAACCGGUCAACUAGUGGGGUUACCCAGUCACCCAAGCCAAACUCCCAGAUCAGACCGUUAUCUGGGUCUGCGACAUCCAUCAAGGCUUCCUCUGUGGACAUUGACCCCAUGGGAUUUUCGUCAUUACCGCCAGAGAACUCUCCUGCAUCCAUGAUCAAACCCAUGCGUGGGCCUCCACAUGUUAACCAGAACAAAAUGCACAUGAACUCAAACCCAGCACCGAGUCAAAGUAUGACAGCCUUAUCCCACUCUGGACGUAUUGACGCUAUGGGGGUCCUACACAGAGAGGAAUUUCCCAAGUCUUCGUUGUCUUAUGGAGAAGCGUCGAUGCCUGUAAACCCUGAGAUGGAUCUUCUAGCAGUGCAGGCACUUAAUACAGAAGCUAGAGGAGACAACCCAGGUUCACAUGAGAAGAUGGAUUAUGCUGCUAUCUUCAAAGCCCUCCAUGAACAUCUGAUACCAGCUGCACAAAGCUCAGAAGAGCAAUUCUGCUCAUCUGAUCUCAGUCCAAACAAUGAGAGGUAUUUUGAAGAGAGGAAACAUCUGGAAGAGUUUAUAACAAGCAUUGAUACUAUAACCCUACAAAACCUUCAGACAGUCAUUGAUCGAAUCCUCGUGUUUCACGAGAGAACUCAGAUGCCUCUGUCUAAUCCAGCGAGACUGGGCGAGCAGGAACUUUUUCCAGGCAGUGGAUUGUACCUGCCACACUACAAACUGGCAUCCAUGCUGCAGGAGUCCCGACAGGACAGUAUGAGACUCUUUCACCUACUGUUUGAGCAUUUCUUCAGCGAGGAGGACCUUAAUGGUGCAGUCGCUUUCGGGAAGAGGGGGAAAGUACCUGACGGCAAAAAGAUCUUAGACAGAAGAAGAGUGGAUGGGAUUAUGUCGUAUGUUCUUCGGUGCUCUACUAUAGAUGGAUGGACACCUGUUGAAUCAUCCAAGCUGAAGAAGGCCUGCAUUAACAAAUGCCGGCUUCGAAUCGGUCAGAAAAAGAAACAAGAAUCCUCUCAAGAAUCAUUUCUUUUCUGCGACGAACAGUCUUCAGGCAAAAACGACCCAUCGUAUAUGUAACUGUUCAUUCGCAGACAAAUGCACUUAUACAUACACUUUAAAAGAUAAACGUUGUUGAAAGCAAUUUCAUGUAUGUAAACAAAUUGGUUUGAAACCAUUAAGAAUAAUUUCAGUUGACGACUGAAUCAUGGACACAAAAAUAAAUGUUACUAUUUUGUUGUCAUUCAUUAAACCAAAAUUAUCUAUACUGUGAUCGUAACUGAGCUAUUGACUUCACCACAAAACUGUUUAUUAUAACCACUUAUAUUAGCUUUAGAAUAGUCUAGUGCUUAUUUAUGUUAGUCAUGUAGCAUUGUAAUAAUCAAAACAUGAAAUUUUAAGUUUUUACUCGUACACAGUAUCUUUAUAUAUAGUCAGUAUAUCAACACAACCGUAAACUGUAUUGCCUUUUUAUAUUCUUUUCGAUUUAUUCGCUAAUGGUAAAUUGAUAACAUCAUUCAGUAUUUGUGCAUGACAGGCAUAAAAAUGGCGUAAGAUAUUUAUAAGUUAGCAUGAUAUUUAAAAUAUCAUUUUUUUUUAUUUGCAAUUUUUUAUUUUUACAUUAAGCCUCUACUUAAUGGCUUUUAUUGUCUGUUACAAACAGCAUAUAAAAUUACUGCCAGAGAUGUGGAGUUUGGUUGAAAGAGGUAUUGUACUAAUGCGACGGGUCGCAUAUGUAGCAUUAAGCAUACAAGCAACAGUGUUAGUUAAUGUUCGUAAUUGCUUUACUGACACUGUAAUGUGUCUUACAUAGGUUUAUUUGUAUUCAGGUUAUUCAGUCGUCUUGGUUAAACCGUCAAACCAUCAUAUUUUGAUGCAAAAUGUAUAUUUGCUGAUAUUUUGGCUUUCAAGCUUUUCAAGUGAAUUGUAAAAAACAGUUAUUGUAAGCCUUCCUGUUAGCAAACAAUGCACAUUUUGUUCAUAAACAAACAGGUAGUAACAGUUUGUGUUUUAAUGACAUUUCCUAAGUAUUUUUACUGUACUUUGAGGUCUUGAAAUGACUCACAAAUGAUAAAAAUCAUUAUAUGCCUUUUUAAAGCAGUUUUUUAAAAUAUUGGUGGGUUCAAUACAAGAAUCACAACCAAAUAAUACGUUCUGGUAAAAAGGACGUCUCAGAAUCACGUUGUCUAAAAUAAUAGGGAAAAAGUCAACAUUCAAGUUUUAAUAAAAAUAAGAUCAAACUUUUUGUUAAUGGUUAGGAAUUAAACAUUUACAUGACCAGUAGUUUGUUUUUUACCCAGUUUCAGUGGUACUAAAUUCUGUUUUUUGUUCAACAUCUAGCACUUCCUCAAAGACCGAUUACUGAUACAUAUAUUUUCAUUAUGUAAAUACUUCAACAGUCCCGCGUGUCACCAGUGCUCUUGUCAUUUUCUGAUGCAUUACAAUAAAAUCAAUCUUGAAAGUA